UGAAGUUGCCAGGUACCUAGCCACAGACACCGGCGAAAGUUUUAGCCCGCUGUCACUUGGAAGAUCAAAAGUUGUCGCAUUAUCCUCCUAAACAACAGGCAUCCCAGCCACAAAGAGCUGAAUCGAUUACUUUGUCACAGCAAGUGUCUGCUCGGCUCGGUGCGGCAGCCAUGGCUCCCACUUUAACCGCCCCCGACGAUGCCGCCGGCGAUCUAAGUGAGACCAUUGAGGAAAGAUGCUUUUCUGCGGCUCUCAUCUGCUUGGAGGGCCAUUACACAGACUCACCUCCCAUGGGCCCCCUCACUAGUGCUAAGGUCACCAGCAUGAUAUCUAGGACCCUAGAGAAAACUCACACUUUCAAAGAAGUUCGGGAGACUCUGUCGAGGAAUGUGGCCAUAUGGAUAUGGCUCACCAGGAUCUUUGCUGCUGCCAUCCCCAACUUGACCACUCGUUCUGUCGGGCCACUGGCCAGCCUCAACGACCCGGAGAGGGGAGUGACUGCACAGGAGAGCACAAAUCUCAUCCUCAGGAACUACCCGGCCCUGAAGGAUGAUCUCCAGAUUCUGAACAAACUCAUGCACAUCGCCCGGAAUCUGCUUGUCACUGCCGCGCCUGAGGUUGCCCAAGACCUUUGCGCGGCAGUCCAUUUCGACCAGAUGGUAUAUCAGACAAUCAUCCUCUGCGUGAACGUCACCAGCAAGGGAUAUGAUGGCGAGAUUGUAGACGACACCUCCAGAGCAAAGCUGAACGAGAUCACCGAGAUGUACAAGAAGAUCCUCGUGACAUCCCUUCAACAGUCCCAUAACUGGACAGCGAAAAAUGACCGCAACAAGAUGUCAUUUUGGUUCGACGUCCUGUUUGAUGACGAUCACUCGAUGGAUGCAUUGGAAGAGCAGCUACAGUUCCGCCCGGACAUUGCCAAAACCGAGGUCCAGCACUGGCUGGAACGGAAUUCCAGAAUGUGUGAUAACGCUCAGAUGCUGUUGAAGGCCUAUGCCGAGACCCACGAGAAUAAAGCUCCUGGGCCCCUUGCGCCUAUCUCACCUCUUGCCGGGAACUGGCUACCUGGGAGUAAGGCGAACGUCAGGGCCGAUGAUCCCAAGGAUGAUACCAAGAUCACCCCCCACUGGGAGGAGAACGAACCGGACAAGUUCGAACAAGAUCGUGCAUACGGACGCGUGUCUCGAGAAAUCGAUACCUGGUGGCUGAGGUGGCGGGAUCGCAAUUACGAGACCUGGGUUGUGCCCAUGCCGUCCAUUGACUUUGCCCAAACUCGGACGGAGAACUGCAAGAAUAAUCUCAUGCACCGAUAUAACCAUUCCUAUCGUGCUGAGGACCAUGGAGAGCCUCGCGAGGGAGCACAGGUGCAGGAAAUCCAUUCCGACGACGACAGCAGCAGAGUCCACGACGACCUAGAUGACCCUAUUCUUGAGGAAGACGACCUGGAUGAUGACGACUCUUACGGCGAGGGGCCUAUGGCGGGACUCCUCACCGAGAUACCGAACAUCCUGGAUCCUAAACAAAUUGAGGCCUUGCAUAUGAUCGUCAAGUCGUGCAUCCUCGACACAGCGGGCGUCGAGCUCACCCGAGCAGGCGAGAACCUUCAAAAGACUCGAUGUAGGAUGUUCCUGGCUUUAGAUUUUGGCAAAAGUCUGCUCCGGGAGAUGCUCGUCUUCAUCGCCGUCUGGGAGAAGGAUGAGCAGUCGCUCAUCUUCCAGAUCACCACACAGAUUGUCGAAGCCAUCCACCACAGUGCCCUCAUUCCGCACGCCUGGAACUCGCUACGGAUACCCAAGGACAUAAUAUCUCCAGCCCAGACAGUGCUUCUGAAACUCAUCAACCACAUGUUCAAGGCGCGGAACAGCAAUCCUCCUGCCCCCGAGUCGAAGGAGCACCUCCGAGACGUGAAGUUGGUCCACUUUCUGUUUACGAAUUUCCGGAGCCGCAUUGUCCCGGAAUGUGUCGCUCUUAUGCAUCUCCAGGCUCAGAUACGUGGUGAUGCCUGCGAUCCCGCUGAUUUCCCAGUCGACAACUGGGAUAUGGAGCGUGCAAAGGAUGGCCUGGCCCAGUUCCUCGAUUUCCUUGCGACAAUAACCGAGGUUAUCGACCUGCGAAAGUAUCUCAUCGAAUGGGAAGCUUCGUACGACCUGAUCACCCUCCUCAAGGGACUAGAGGCUGGCGUGCCCAAGAAGCCUCUUGUCGACCUUCCCGAUCGGUCUGCAAACAGGCCCAGCGCCUCCUCGACCCCGGCUCACCACGACCAUGAACACUGGGACGCUGCAUCCCACGACCCAUACAACCCACAGCACCCACCACCGCCCCCGCCCCCGCCGAUGGUAGAGCACGCCCAUAGGUUCGCUUGGCCCGGCAUCAAGGGCCCCAUUCUCACCAUUCUAGCCGGCCUUCUCCAGCCUCCCCCGGGACAAUCCAGCCCCGGCAAUCCCGACGUCCAGAUGCAGAUCGUCCGUCAUAACGGUAUCGUCUCGCUGCUCAACUGCUGCGUCUACGACGACCACAACCGCUACGCCCGCGAGCGCGUCCAGAUCUGCCUCAAGUGGCUGAUGGACGGGUCUGACGCCGCCAAUAACUUCCUCCGGGAGCUGGUCGCCAUAUCACCCCCGCCAAAUAUGCGUCCGGCCCCACCGGCCCCGUCGGCAGCUGGCGGGCCAACCGUGCCCCAGACGACAAGCCUUCGGAUCGACGGCAUCGCCGGCGAGGUCAAGGUGCAGGUGCGAACCCCGAGCGCGCCGGGGCCUGCGACGGCGUCCUCUAGCACCAUCGGCAACGCCGGCCUCGCCAUGCCCAACGCCUCACAGCACCUGACUCUCCCCAGCAACGGCAAUAACAACAACAAUAAUAAUAAUAACGACAUCGACCACGAAUAUGAUGUGGCCGAUAACAACAGCAACAACACCCUCCCGCCGCUGCAGGCGGGCGGCCCGGUGUCCCAGGCCGCCAUGCGGAGCCGCUCCGAGGAGCUUCUGCGCGACAUCAUCACCCUGGCUGACGAGGCGGCGCGGCUAGCCCUGGGCCAUAGAGACGCCGACGAGACGGAGGAGGAGGAUUUCAUGUAGGUGGGGGGAAAGGGGGAUUGUUGGCGCGACCUGCCGCGGGUCGGGCCUAGACGGAAUUUUUAUCUGCCGUUUUACAACUAAUAGGGGAGGAUAUGAGGCUCUGAAGCUUCCGGGAAUCGAGAUUGGCGAGGAGGCAUAUUUCAUAUGGCGGCGCUUGGGCUGUUUCUGAGAUCCAUCAUCUACUAGGGGAUCGAUCAUAUUAUUGCUGUUGUAGAUUGUUAUGUCCUAUUAAGAGGGCCAUCCUAGUAUGAUUCGGAGAAUUGAGACUGGAAGGACUCAGUCAACUAGCCUUCGUCGUUGUCAAGGAUAUUCCCGCACCGGUUGUCGAGGUACGAUCUUAGGGCGAAUGUGAUUCCAUAUUGGAGUUAUAAGUUAAAGAUAUGUAGAUACACGGCGAACUUUUUUCAGGCUUUUCUUUUUUUCUUC